AUGAGCCAUGAUGUCGCCAUGCUUCAAGCAACAGCCGCAGCAUCGCGGGCAAUGCGUGGAAGUGAUAGGUCUUCGCAAGAUUCAAAGACCCUCUACGACCGUCUGGGUGGUCCUUUAAACGUUGCUGUCCCUCGAAGACGUCCCGGAUCAGGCUUGCGGUAUGCAGAAUACGGGAACCAAGGAAGCUUCCCAGCAUUUGAAACUCCACAUCAAUCCACAGACAAAAGCCGGGGGGCAAGCCAAGCUGUACGGGGCGAGGAUUCUGCUGUUCUUCCGUCGGUCACAGAGUUCAAUGGUCUUGAUGGGCGGAACAGCUCUGUUCCCUCGUCAUAUCGUCGACUGCGCAAAGCCAAGUCCAUGUUCUCGACCAGACAACGAACUUCACAGACCCCGUAUGGAGUGCCACCACUACCAUGUGGUGACCCCUGCGAUCCUGAACGGAGCCCUGGUUUUCACUUGCCCCGAACAAUGAGGCGCACGAUGUCAUUCCUGCACGGAAGUGGUCAGUCACAAAAGGAUCAGGACGCCAAGAUGCAUGAUGAAUCUCUUCGUCUGGCUCGAAGCCAAUUCAAUCUAGAAUCCAAAGACGUUGGGAUCCCGACUCGUCGGUCGUCUUUUUUUCUCAGGCGUAAGAGGGAGCACAGGCCGUUUCGAAAGACCUUCCGUGCCACAAGUGAGGGUGGUACUGACCAAGACACUGGGUCUAGCAGGAAGUCUCGAAAUAUCUCGGGGUCCAUCAAAAGCAAGUUCAAACGGGUGUUUGGUUUUUCAAAGAUGCCAGCACAAUCAGACUUACAGAGCGACACGAAGCAUGGUGAGCCUUUGAAAACAACCCUCGUUGAGAGAACGUCACAGGAUCGCUGUCGUCGUGAAAGUGAAGACACAACGCGCUAUACCGGUCCCAGUCCUUCCCUGGAUAUGCCCCAUACCCCCCGCUGUGAUAGUGUUUACACUGGCAAGUCUCGAGUCACUAGUUGGGCCGACUCCAGCAUGGCAGAAACUGUUACGGCCAGGAAAUCUGGGCAUCGUCAAUCACUCUCCUUCAUCGGAGAAGACGAAGGCUUAGAUCAGAGGAUGUCCACGGACGAUAUGGGACAUUCUGAAAAUCGGUUUUCUUUGGAUAUGAGAACAGGUUUCCGUCAAAUGGGAGUUGUGAACAGCCAUGACCUGUACUCUGCUUUGAUGGAACAGAUGGGUCGGAAUGUCCUACCUAAUCCAAGUGGUGAGAUAAGUUUCGGGUCUGUCCCAGAGCAUUCUGUCAUUCCAGAGCGGACCACUUCUGUGUACUCUCAAUGUGGUAAACACACUAUCCGCCAUGUCCCAAGCGAUGGAUCCUCGGCCUCUCCCAAAUCAUACUCUACAGCACGCGGUGGUGAUCAGCCAAGUCCACGUAGGUAUCAACUCCAUCGAAGCCGGUCUUUUGUUCCCUCUCGGGGCAUGUCUCUCCAUGCGACAAGCCAACAUGUCCCAGACAAAUCUCCGCAUUCACUGUGCGCUCCAGGUGAGGAAUCCGAGGAUGAAAACGGCAGCAUCAUCAUUGAUCGAUUCGGAAUUUCGAGAAGAGAUGUGGUGUCUCCAAGUGUUUAUUCUCGAUCCACCAGUGGGAAUACACCGACAAAUACUGACAACACCGAUUUACUGCCCACGCUAGAUCUGCACGACGAACCUGGUACGGCAACAAUAUUUGCGCCACAGCGAACUGCUUACAGCUCACCCAAGCGUCUUGCUCGCAUCGCCUCUUUUAGGACUCAUGUUAAACCUAGUGCUGAUUGGCAGCAAUGGAUGAGCUCCCAAAUUGACAGAAUUGAGCAGGCAAGCCCCACGAGGGAACAUGUCAGGGAAGAUGCGCAAUUCCAAGAUGAUGACGAGUACUUUACCCAGUUGGCCCAAGCAGUCCCCAAUCCUACACCAGUCUCGACAAGUUUGCUAAACACUCCAACUAGUCAGAGCUAUAUCGAACACAAAUCUUCCCGUGAAGUCAGAGUUCCAUCACAAAACAAUUUCUCCCGUCCUUUCAGUCAGGCUUCCAGCAAGACAACGAUCCUGAAGUUGCAAAACCCGGCACCGGUGGCACAGGAUCAGUCGAGCACCCCAGCCACCUUAUCCAACGAGAACGCAUUGCCAAAUUCUGGUCAAAUCGCUCAGUGUGAGAUGUCGUCCCCAAUUCGGAUUAGGUCCAGCAACAUGCAGCCCCCAGAAUCCCCAACUCCCAAGAGGAUUGCAGCCAAGCGGUCUUGGGCGCAGGAGCAACACCGACGGUACUCCGCUAGACGUCCACUAGCUGCGCAGGAUGGUAAGCCUGGUCAAUUCCGGUCCAUGCGCAACCAACGAGAUGCUCGUGUUGAUGGUGAGAAUAUUAAAUAUCAACAUGAGUUCAAUGACAUGAUGGAAAACUAUCAUCUCCAGGAUAUCCACUCUACCAUCUCAAGCAAGCGCAUGGUGGAGAUGUUUUUGGACAGUCGACGCCAACAAAUGGGUGAACCUUCUGAUAAUAAGACAGCAACCGAAGCUUUCAUUUAA